AUGCCCGCUACCUCCGAAAUUCAAGGCUCUUUCCUGGGCCAUUUCUUCGGCACGGUUUGGACCAUCGUCAGUACCUUUUUCGGCACAACCUGGUUUCUGACUACAUCGUUCUUCGGCGCAAUCUUUCGAGUCGUACUUCCAGCUACGGUUGCCUGUAUUAUCAUCUGCGGUGUGCUUUUCGCUGCCUACGUGGCUGUCUUGUCCAUCGCCGAUUGGAUGGGAUGGAUUAAAUUGAAGCCUAUUGUCGAGAAGCAGAAAGCGCGUCACUCCUCAAAGCCCGACGAGGAAGGAUCUGACGAGGUGUUUGUCGAUGUUUCGAGUGACAAGAAACGAGUCGAGGUUGAAAUCGAGUUUUUGGAAGAGUUGUUGCGUGUCAGGCGGGAAAAGUUGAAGAAGCUGGAUUAG